GUUAGCCGAAAUAAAUCGUCAUGUCUGGGUUACGGCUGGUGGUAAAGGUGAGUUGGAACUGGAAUUGCCCAUGAUGGAGGUGGUGCAAACACAUGUUAUACCUACUGCCACUGCUGUAGAUCCUGAUGUUUUAAAUGCUAUAUGCUCCCUGGGAUGCUUUAAGGAAAAGGAAAAACUUUUACAAGAACUGUUGAGCGCCAGCCAUAAUACUGAGAAGGUAAUUUAUUUUCUGCUCCUUGAACGAAAGCGACGCCGCCCGGCCCUUGAAGAUGAUGAAGAAAUAAAUCAGAAAUCACGCAAUGAACUGGAUACAGUGGAUCCACCCCGGAAAAGAUUAGAUAAAUGUCGUAUUAAUGGUACAAAUGCGCCGAGCUACGGUCAAAUUUCUGAAGGCUCUCCACUUACGCCUCGACGACAGGCCUUUAAUUUUAGAUCGUACAGUAGUACACGCAAUCAUCAAAGGCGCUCUCCUACAACGGUGUCUACGUCAGUACGCAGCUCAUCAUACCACAGUCCAACUCGAUGUAAUUCACCAAUAAGCUUAACGCAGCAACAAGCUAAUGCUAUAUCGCGACCUACCUCUCCUGCCGCUGGUUCACGACAUUCAACUUAUAGUGAUAGAGAUCGUUCUGGAUCGGGGCAUCAUACGGCGGUCAGCCGAACGCCGUCUCAUAAUUCACAGAAAAGCAUUGAAGGAGAUGUCGUAGUCGUUAGAGAGCCGCAUUUGGAGCGCCGUGAUUCAACACGUCAUGCUCAAGAACGCAGUGGUAGCGGUUCUCCCUGGGACCGUAGCGAAUUGCCUAGCAAUCUGGGUGAUUCGUGCGGGAAUUCCGCUGCAGCUAUACCUACCGUGCAUAAUCGAACAAAUUCUGGUUCAACAAUUUCUAUUGUUGUGAAUCAAAAUGUUCUACCGCUGACUAAUAAUAGCAAUCCAGGCAACCCUGGCCCACCCUGCAAUACGCCUGGAGGACAACUUUGGAAAACGAGACUUACUAAUAUAAAAAACAGCUUUCUUGGUAGUCCGCGUUUUCAUCGAAGGAAAAUGCAGGUCUCCGCUGACGAGGUACACUUAACACCGGAGUCUUCACCAGAGCUUACUAAACGUUCUUGGUUUGGUAACCUAAUAACUACUGAGAAAGAUGAGACAUUUACCAUAUUGGUAAAAGGCAAACCUAUUGCCACAGUCAAGGCACAUUUGAUACAUGCAUUUUUAUCCGUAAGAUUCCAAUGA